UUAUUUUUAUUUUCAUCGCAGCUGAUUUCGUCGCCAUCUUGAUAUAAACGUAAACAUUGGAUCACUUUAGCUCCGACUAUUGGGCGAGUAAAGCUACAUAUCUAGAAGAAUUCAUUAAAAGGGAGGACUAUUGUUUCCCGGUCUUAUCAUCACAUGUGUCUUGAAGAUUUUUACACUGGCAUGACUUUAAAAUCGGGUAACUUUACCCAAAAUAAACGGUAAUAUAAGUGUGUUUCAUGAACAGCAAAACAGGUAACGUUAGCCAGCUAACCCUAACUUGCUAUCUGUUUUUGUCAAUCGUUGCUACCUGUCUUGAACACAUAAUGUUACGUUUUACAGCUGACAGUGAACGGACAACUACACGGAGAUGUUAUGGAUGGAUAGCUAACUAGCUAGCAAGGUGACGGCAGACUAGCUGGCGAUUGUUAACGCUAGUUUUGCUGCUGAUAUGGAUAAGAUUCCCAGUUAGCUUCCAUGGCAACUCCAUAUAUUCCUUCUGGGUAGAUCAAACUAUGGUUUGACUUGUACAGCAUCAUAGGUUAAGAUUAGCAAGCCAGGUAGUUAGGUUAGCAAGUUGGUUAAUGUGUUCGGUCUGUCAUUUGGAAUUUGACCAGAUAGCUAGCUAGCUUGCCAGUUUUGUCAUGGGUUCAGAACUGCUUUAGUUUUUCUUUUAACUUUUUCUUUCAACUCUCUAAACAGUCCAAAGGCUGACAUAGGUUUCUAACUAUUGUUAACGUUAGACAUGCCGUCAACCUAGCUAGCGGUGGUUAGGUGAAUGAUUUGCUGUAUCUAACCCCUCUAGCGUUAUUGUUCCCCAAGGCAGAUAUCUAGAGUGUAGGCUACGUUUAGACUAGCUAUAUGCUACUGUUAAUUGCUUCAUUAUUAUUGAAACUGACCAAACCGUUUGUAGAUUUCGAUACAACCAAUAGACAUACUUAUGCUACCUUUUAUUUUUAUCUUUGGAAUGAUGCUUAACGCUCAAUAUGUCUAGAGUGAUAAGUGGUGUGUUCAGUAGACUGUAUACAAGUACACCGGAACUAUCAGCGGAAGCAAAACGUUACACCAAAACCAGUACAAUUAGACAACAGCAGCGUCUUAAAAAAUAGCCUGAAGUGCGUCUUGCACUUUGAGUGAUUUGUGGGACUAUUGAGAACCAUUACUGAAUUCAUUAAGCCUCAUUGUAGCCCAGGGAUGGGCAACUUUUGGGGAGGUGCGUGUGGAGACUGAGGCUGACAGGGACAGCCAGAGCAUUGGCUUUGUGGGACAAUGGACCAGGAGUACGAAAGGCGCCUUCUUAGGCAGAUCAAUCACCAGAACGUGCCCGAGGACCACCUGACAAAGUCAGGAUAUGCUACCUGCAGUCCGGUCACUGUUAAGUCAGGGGACAGAUUCAUACCCACUCGCGCUGGAAGCAACUGGAGCAUCAACUUCCAUUAUGCCAAUGAAAACUGCUGGUCACCCAACCAGAAUCAGCGGUCAAAGGAUGCAAGUGCAGAUACUGGAAAGGACGCAGUGGCCUAUGCAGCUCUGCUGCGAAAUGAACUGCUGGGAGCGGGCAUCGAGACAGUGCCCGACCCUCACACAGAGGACCGAAGGCAAGCCAUCCUCACCCAAGACACACACAGCCUAUUCAGGUACACCAUUCACACAAAGAGAGUGCCUUUCGACAGUGGCAAUGAGGUCUCCCCAUAUUCCCUCUCUCCUCUAAGCAACAAAAGUCACAAGCUGCUGCGAUCACCACGAAAGCCAGCACGAAAGAUCUCCAAAAUUCCUUUCAAGGUGCUGGAUGCACCAGAGCUGCAGGAUGACUUCUACCUUAACCUGGUAGAUUGGUCUGCUGGAAACCUGCUGAGUGUUGGUCUUGGGGCCUGUGUUUAUCUGUGGAGCGCCUGUACCAGCCAGGUGACGAGGCUUUGUGAUUUAUCAGUAGAUGGAGACUCCGUGACCUCAGUCUGCUGGAAUGAGAGGGGGAGUUUGGUUGCUGUCGGAACCCAUAAAGGCUUUGUGCAGAUUUGGGAUGCAGCUGGAGGGAGAAAGUUGACCAGCAUGGAGGGCCACUCGGCCCGUGUUGGGGCACUUGCGUGGAAUGGGGACCAGCUGUCCUCAGGCAGCCGGGACAGGGUGAUCCUGCAGCGGGAUGUGCGUACAGCGCCCCCUGCUGAGAGGAGGCUCCAGGGCCACCGGCAGGAGGUGUGCGGCUUGAAGUGGUCACCUGACCACCAGCACCUUGCCUCUGGAGGGAACGAUAACAAGCUGCUGGUGUGGAAUAGUUCCAGCCUGCUGCCUGUGCAGCAAUACAGCGAGCACCUGGCAGCAGUGAAGGCCAUCGCCUGGUCACCGCACCAGCACGGCCUGCUGGCAUCUGGAGGGGGUACGGCUGACCGCUGUCUGCGCUUCUGGAACACGCUCACGGGCCAAGCCCUCCAGAGCACUGACACAGGCUCGCAGGUCUGCAACCUGGCCUGGUCCAAACACGCAAAUGAACUGGUCAGCACGCACGGCUACUCACAGAAUCAGAUCCUGGUGUGGAAAUACCCUUCGCUAACGCAGGUGGCCAAACUGACCGGGCACUCCUAUCGGGUACUGUACUUGGCUGUAUCGCCCGACGGUGAGGCUAUAGUGACAGGAGCAGGAGACGAAACGCUGAGGUUCUGGAACGUCUUCAGCAAAACACGCUGCACUAAGGAAUCCAAAUCGGUGUUGAACCUGUUCACUCGGAUACGGUAAUGACGGUGGACACCAGAGAACAAGGCUGUUUGACUUGUCCAUGCACCAGAAAGAACACACUUAGUAUAGAAAGACCCAACAUUUCUGACUUCUGACUUCACCCCAUUUUUUCAUGCUGGGGAUUUGGUCUCUCUCCACACCUUCCAAAACAUUGUCUUUCAUUUAAAAACCACACCCGACAAAUGGGUUCCUGUUAAAUUAAUGUUCCAUAUUUCUUAUUGUAUAAUGUGGAAGUCCAAAAGGACGUUGUGUUUAUAUAUGUAAAGAUAAAUGGUUUAACUAUAAGCUUUAUGGUUUAACUAUGUCUGUUAUAAUGGUCCUUGAUUAUAAGGCUAUUAUGCAAUGGCCCAUUCUGAUAUUUUCAAUAUUUUGUAAGUGCAUAUGAAAGAGAUCAUGUUCUCAGACAGAUAACCAUAUGAAAUAAACACACUACUGCAGUAUCCCUGCUAA